GUAUUUGGCAUAAGCAAAAUCAGCAUAAAGGUAAUCCAAUUUGCGUACGAAUCCAUUUCAUUCACAUAUUAUUAUCAUAGUUAACAUUCAUAUUGCAAAGUCGUCGAACAUUCCACAAAAUAUUCCAUAUCUAUUUUCAUAGUCAAUAGGUGGGUAUACCUACAAUAAUUAUUGCAUAGUAAAAGUUGAAUGCCUCAUUAAAUAUUUUAGCAAUAGCACAAGUUGUGUCGGACAGAGAAAUAGUAUCAGCGCCUGCAUAAGUGCACGGGCAAAAGUUACAUUGUUACCUUGCUAAUAGAAUAUAUUCAGGCAUUUCAACUAUUGCCUUAAAUUAAAAAUAAAAAUUAAUUGUAAAUUAUUGCUAUUAGUUUUUCAACAGGGUAGUGCUUGGCGCUUAUAAUAAUUACCAGUUUGCUUCAUUUAAUUCUUAUAACUGCAUAAUGACUACCGAGGCUAGAUGCAAAGAAUUAAUAAAGAAGCGCGCUUCAAUGAAAGCUAAGCUUACACAGUUUAUCGCCUAUUUAAAUACUGCGAAAACUUGUGAACAACUCAGUGAUUCGCAGUUAGUGGAAUUAGACAUGCGUAUUAAAAAACUUAAUGAUUCGUACGAUUCUUUUGAUACUCACCAGAGCGAAUUGGAGAUGCUAGCUGAGGAUCCUGCCGAGCAAUAUGCUGAACGCGAGCUGUUCGAGCGGUCUUACUACAAAGAGAUUGCCGCCGCUCGGGAGCUCGUGGACAGGCACCGCAGCCAACGCGCCAGGGAGGUUCAAUCCGAGGUACCAGCGCAUCGAGUUCCUGAAACAGCACUUCUGGAACAGGUUCUCCACUGAGUAUAUUUCUGGUCUACAACAGAGAACCAAAUGGCAGAGCUCAAGGGGCAAACUCGACGUCGGAACCAUGGUAGUAAUCAAGGACAAGAAUCUACCGCCGCUUAUGUGGCUGCUCGGCCGCAUCGUCCAAGUGCUGCCUGGCAG